ACUGAAAUCUUACGGAAUGAAGAGGAGGGUUUUAUCGAAGCGGAAGAGGGAGAGAGUACAAUCGAGUACACGCAAUCACGGAUUGUCCAAAAUGUGGACAUAACAUCAGCCGCAAAGCAUUUCAGCUUGAAUCUGGGAUUCGGGCCGUAACGAAUGAAAUACACGAAAAAUGGUCGUCACUUACUGAUCGGGGGACGAAAGGGGCACGUAGCUGCAUUCGACUGGAUAACGAAGCGACUUCACUGCGAAAUGAAUGUGACCGAAGAGGUGGUCGAUGUAGCCUGGUUGCACAUAGAAACGAUGUAUGCUGUGGCCCAGAAGAACUAGGUCCAUUUCUACGACAAUCAAGACACGGAACUGCAUUGCGUCAAGCAGAUGGACAGUGUCAAUCGAUUGGAGUUUCUUCCACAUCAUUUCCUGCUAGCCAGUGGCAAUGAAGUUGGCUUUCUCAGUUGGUUAGACACCUCCAUUGGACAAAUGGUUAGCGAAUACAAUACGCGACUAGGUCCGGUACGACUAAUGACAACAAAUCCCACUAACGGAGUGCUGUGUUUGGGUGGCUCGAAAGGUGUGGUGUCGAUGUGGUCUCCGUCUACUCGAGAACCGUUAGCCAAACUGUUGUGCCAUCCGACACCACUUUCAUCGAUAGCAGUCGACCCGAAAGGCACCUACAUGGCCACAUGCGGUCUCGACAAAUCGGUGAAAAUUUGGGACAUCCGAGCUCUAAGCGGACCGACCAUCGAGUACAAAAUCCGGCUACCCGCUCAACACAUGGCAAUUUCGCAAAAAGGUUUAUUGGGCCUGGCAAUGGGCAAUGUGUGCGAAGUACACAAGAAGCCGAAUUUGAUAUCGGCAACGCAUGCGUACAUCAUGCAAAAGUGCGACGAUUUCAUUCACGGCAUGGAAAUCUGUCCGUACGAGGAUGUUCUGGGCGUGACAACGCGAAAAGGAUUCCAAUCGCUGCUGGUACCCGGUUCGGGUGAAGCCAAUUUCGAUGCCUUGGAAGCGAAUCCAUUCCAAACGAAAUCGCAGCGCAGAGAGAACGAAGUGCAUGCACUGUUGGACAAAAUCCCGUCCGAGUUUAUUGCGUUGGAUCCGGCUGCUAUUGUUCGCGUUGAUGUGCCUACGUUCAGAGAAAAGGUCGAAGCGAAGAAGAAGUUGUUUUAUCUGAAAGCGCCCAAGAUCGAUUUCAAACGCGCGAAAAAGAUGAAGGGCAAAGGAGGUUCGGCUAAUACGGCCAAAGUUAAGCAGAUCGUCAAGAGCGCGAAGAAGAAGGAAUUCAUCAGAGACAUCAAAGGAAUUAAAGAGAAAUUAUUCAACGAACACAAAGUCAAAUCGUCAGAGUCGUCAACCGACCAGCCGAAACAUGUACUCGACAGAUUUAAAUCGAAAAAGAAAACUUAG